AUGAAUAUCGUUCGACGGAUUGUUAAGCGCCUGCCGUCCGCGCCAGCGCUGGCAUCUCUCGAAAAUGUAUCACGUGAGAAAGGCCAACGAUUAUCUCCCUUGGCUUUCCUUCGAAGACGAAUCCGAUUACGAGGCAAUUCUACUAUUUCGAUACCACUGGGUGUUGUGUUAAUAUUUCCAUGUGUUAUAAUCAUUUUAAUCGUACUUAUUUUCGCGAGACAUCCGUCUUCCUCGGGUGGAAUUUUGGUCCCAGCUGGGACGCCUCCGUCUAUCAGGCGAAUUAGUGAAGAACAUGAUAAGGUCUUCGCGACCGGUUGCGAACAUGUCGACCAAAAGAAAAUUGACGCUGCACCUCGAGCCAAUGCAGCAUUUGUCGUGCUUGCACGUAACAAAGAACUCGAAGGUGUUAUUCAAUCCAUCAGAUCGAUUGAGCGUCAUUUCAAUAGAUGGUGGCAUUAUCCGUAUGUCUUUUUGAACGAUGGUGAUUUCGACCAGGAGUUUAAAGACACUGUUCAGAAUUAUACGAGUGCACCCGUUGAGUUCGGAAAGAUCGAUGACACCAUGUGGGGAUUUCCAGACUGGGUAGAUCAUGAAGUCGCCAAGGAGGGUAUCAGGAAACAAGGAGAUGCCGCUAUUAUGUAUGGUGGCAUGGAGAGUUACCACCAUAUGUGCAGAUUCUACUCAGGGUUUUUCUACAAGCAUCCUCUACUCUUGAAAUAUGAGUGGUACUGGCGGUUGGAACCUGAGAUUAAGUACUUCUGUGACAUUACAUAUGAUCCAUUCCUUAAAAUGGCGGAAAACAACAAAACAUACGGUUUUACAAUCGCCGUCAAGGAGCUUCGAGAGACUGUGCCAAACAUUUUCCGUUAUGCAUCAGCAUACAAGCGCACCAAGGGACUGGAAUCGAAAGGUCUGUGGGAAAUGUUUGUCGAAAAACCUGCAGAAGAAGAAACGAAAGAUGAGGCUAGUAAGAAAGAGCCCAUCCCUGAAGAGCUCGAAGACGUGAAACCUCCCGAAAUCGAUCGGGAAGCUAUGGAAGGCGAAAAGUACAACAUGUGCCACUUUUGGAGUAAUUUUGAAAUUGCUCGAUUAGACUUCUUCCGCAGCAAAGAGUAUGAAGAUUUUUUUGAGAUGAUGGACCGCAGUGGUGGUUUCUGGAUGGAACGGUGGGGUGAUGCGCCGAUUCACUCUUUGGCCGCUGGUGCACUACUUGCUCCUCGCGAUAUUCAUUACUUCCGAGACUUUGGUUACCGUCAUACGACGAUCCAACACUGUCCUGCCAAUGCACCAGCUCGGCAAUUAACUCGUAUUCCUUUCCUGGAUCCGAUGAUUGAGGAUGAAAAGAAACGGGUCGAAGAAGACGAGUACUGGGCCGCCUUCGACACUGUCAAAGAAAACGGUGUAGGUUGCCGUUGCAGAUGCGAUACAGACAUUGUCGACGUUGAAGGAAAGCAAGGAAGUUGCCUCGCAGAAUGGGUCGAGGUUGCAGGUGGCUGGGCCUCACCGUGAUUGUAGCCACGUUACCUUCCCAUUUCCGAUGUAUAGAUCAAACCGGUCGACUUUACGUGUUACGUUAUAACAGACCAAUAUAUUAAUUGGACAUUGAGCAUUGCUUGGCUUCUCGCAGUGGGAGUUUUUUUUUUCUGUUUUUUGUUCCUCAUCAUUCAGGCAUACAUUAGCCUCCGAUCAUGUCCAACUGUCUGGUUUCUCCUUCGCCGCAAUCGUUGUUCUUUCCUUCUCAACUAUAAUAUGGGUUAUGUCUUUUUUUUUCUUUAGUUUGAUUUCAGGUUGAUGUGGAACAUUAGUACAGACGGCGUUUGGAAGGGGAUGUCAAGGAAACUUUGGUAUGAACGGGGGUUAUUUAUGUGUUGAAAUUACUAACUAUACUACUAUAUAUGCGUAUUACUAUAUGAUAAACGAAAGUUU